GAAUCUAGUAUAAAAUAUUAAAACUAUGGCCAGCCAUUCGACUUCUCGCGAAGCCACACAGAAAAGAACCAAAAGACGUUUUCUCAGACGGAAGGAAGAUGUCUCUGCAGCAAAGAGAUUAACAUCUGAAUAUCUUCCAAGUACUUCCCAAGCAGUAGGCCACCUGGGACACAGCAAUACACACGAGGUUCAACAGAGUUAUCCGACAAUACAUAACCUGCCAGAAUUACACACUCAAGGACUGGUCAACCAUCAGGCAUUCAACAGACAAGAUGAAGCUAAUGUUGACUCCAGUCAACCACUGCUGCUCAUGUUGUAUCCGACGGGACACCCAGUUGUUUUAGAUCCCAGCAUUUCAGUGACAGGCGCACCAUGGAUCCAAACUCGUAACGCAAGUGCUAAGAACGUGACGCCUCUUGUGAGGCCUGAAAGUUCAGCUCAGAGCGCUCCAACAACGAACAAAAAUUACGUGAACUGGUUGGUCAACGAAACACCAAGUUUCACUGGCUUGAACACCGUCUCUACUGGUGCAGUUAAACCUCAUGAGGCGAACUUUGUUCCACCCGAGGCUGUGUUCACAUCUGUUGCAGCCUCAACCCCUUUGUCCACUUCAUCUACUGUUGCAGCCUCAACCACUGAGGCCACUUCAUCUAUUGUUACAUCCCCAACGCCCGAAUCGCCUUCAUUCUCUCUAGAAACAUCAACUCCUGAGGAAAUAUUUGAAUUCAUUGCAACCUUAAGCCCAGAGGAAAUAACAGCAAUAAUUGAAACCCUAAGUCCUGAAGCUUCUUCACCAUCUGAUAAUAAUAAUAAUAAUAAUAAUAAUAAUAAUAAUAAUCUUUAUUAUCCGUAAGGAAAUUUGUCUUACAAUUUGUGCAUUACACCAAACAAAAAACAUUAUAACUAUAAGAAACCAAAGUGUACAUUCACACCAGACGCACUCAUAAUUUACAUGUGACAAAGUUUAUACCAGAUUGUUCUUAUUUAAUGAUUUGAUUGCCAGGGGAACAAAAGAGUGUUUGUGUCUGUUUGUCUUUGCUAUCGGUGUCUUGUAUCUCUUUUGUGAUGGUAAAAUCACAAAAUCCUGACACAAAGGGUGAUUCUUUAUUUCGAGGAUCUUGUAAGCUUUUUUAUAGAUGUUUGUCUCAAACAACUGCCCGAAUGGGGUUUGUUUUUUGCCAAUGAUUUUGCCAGCAGCAUUUAGGAUUCUAUUAAGUUUAUUUUUAUUUUUAAUGCUCAGAUUGCCAUACCAGGCAGUGAUAUUGAAACUUAAAAUAUUGCAGAUGUGAGCGUGAUAAAACAUAGCCAAGGCCUUUUCGCUAACAUUAAACGAGGACAGUUUUCUUAGUAGUCGUAAUCUUUGCUGCCCUUUUUUGCUGAUAUAAUCAGUAUUUGCAGUAAAAUUUAGUUUAUUGUCUAGGAUAGAACCAAGGUAUUUAAAGGUUUGCACAAUUUCAAUAGUCUCUCCAGCUACAGAAACAAUAUCAUUUCCCUUCUUGUCACUACGAAAAUCGAUUAUCAUUUCUUUGGUUUUUUUUACAUUUAAUAAUAAAUGUAGCCUUAACUCCCGAGGACUCUCUAACAUCUCUAGCAGCAUUAUCCCCUGAUGGCAGUGAGAUGUCCUCUGGAAGCAAUUCCCCCACUUCCAGCAUCAAAUCAGAUAUAAGGUUGACGAGUUUCAACGGCGACACCCAGGAGGGUUGGUAUCUCGAUCCCUACGAGGAUAUCAGAUUGUUUGAUUUUUCAGCGCUUUUGGAAGUGUAGAUUCUCUAAAGAUACAACACACAAAAGUGAGAGAACAUUCUCACUUAUACAGCACAUAGAAAGAGUGAACAUUCUCACGUAUAAUUUAUAUACUUGUCUAAAUAAUACACAUUAUUACAAACACUUUUUUUUUUGCUUAGCACAUAGACAUACAAUAGAUGAAAUCAGUUUUAUUAUUCAUUUUUUUUUUAGCAUAACAUUUUUCAACCCUAAUAUGAGUGUCAUUUAAAAUAAAACAGCGAGUGUUUCAACACAUUUGAUAUUUCGGUGUAUUAACUCAUCACUAGAGGAUUAGAUUUAUAUAUUUUAUAUUUAUCAUACUUACUUAACGUAACUGAAAAUGUACCACAAUUUAAAGUACU